AAAAGUAUUAAUUGUCUCAAAAGGUGUACUGUUUUGCAUCAGUGCGACGACGAGAGCGGAUGCUGUGAUGUCGGCACAGAGCGAUGUGUCGCCCAUACGUCCCAAACGGUUGAGCUGUACUUCUAUGUCAUUCACGCCGACCUUAAGGACAACAGCACCGGAGGCAACGGCGGACGCACCGAAGCGCUCACAUUUGUCAAUCACACCAAAUGCCAUUGUCUGGAGAUUAAUUACAUGCCCCGCACCAAACCCAUGNACAAGAAUUGA